UUGCAUACAUUAAUUCAGUCUGAAUGUCACAGUGCUAGUUGGUGGAGCAAUUCUAGUAAUCUAUUGACGCUACACAAACGUUCAUCGAACACAUUCGCAACGUAUCGGACUAUUUCGGACUUCAAUGUGGCGGGAAAGUGAUUUUUAACGUCUUUUUAUAGUCAGCCAGUGAAUUCUUUUUAAAAAGUAAUAUAUUUUUCAACCAGUGGCAGGAAAGUGUACUUUUUUAAACGCCUUAUUAUUUUCAGCCAGUGAAUUGUUUUUUAAAAAAACUAAAAUUCUUUUCGGCCAAGGCGGCAAAGUUUACUUUUUUAAAUGCCUUAUUAUUUUUAGCCAGUAAAUUGUUUUUUUUUAAACUAAGAUUCUUUUCGACCAGUGAUGGGAAAGUGUACUUUUUUAAACGCCUUACUAUUGUCAGCCAGUGAAUUGUUUUAAAUAAAAGUAAAAUUAUUUUUGAUCAGUGCAGUGGCGAUAAAAUGCAUUUUUUUAAACGCCUUAUUAUUUUCAACCAGUGAAUUGUUUUGAAUAAAACUAAAUUUUCAGCCGAUGACAAUUUCGUGAUAAAAAUAUCAGUUCCUCAGAAAUGUUAGCAUUUAAUUUUGAACAAAUUAAAAAAGAAAAACGUAGUAGGAAUCAAAAUGACAUCUUGGACCAAAGAAUUGGAUGAAGCAGUUGUUUUAGCAACGAGCAAAGGAACAUGGCAUAUUUUCCUUUUUUAUCUUCUUUGUAUAUUAGCAGCUUUACCAACUUCUUUUUUAGUCUUCUCUCAGAUAUUUACCAACGCCACACCGGAACAUUGGUGUGCUCCUCCGCGUCUACUAGAAGACCUAUCACUACCUGACACAUUACUUCGAGACCUAACUGUACCUAAGCGCAAUGGAGUCUAUGAAUCAUGUACCAGCUAUACAAUAGACUCAAAAGGUCUGUUGGCAGCGUUACAAGAUUAUGUGGAUGAAAGAACAGAAAUACUUCGUAAGGACGGAGUACUUCAAACGUUAAAAACACAUCUGGUUCCUGCAACUGGAAUCGACGAACGUGAGAAACAAAUAGAAAGAGUUAUAAAAACUGUAGAGUUACUAAGGAACAAAACAACCAAAUGCACUAAUGGAUGGAGAUUUAGUACUGAGGAAUAUCCGAGGACACUUGUUACAGAGUAUUCCUUAGUGUGUGAAAAAGAAUGGCUAGCACGACUUAGUUACACACUUUUCUGGGUUGGAUCAAUAUUUGGAAACCUUCUCUUCGGUUGGAUGUCUGACAGAUACGGGAGGCGGCCGACAAUUUUACUGAUGAUAUAUCUUGAAGUGCCGCUGGCAAUAGCAACAGCGUUCCCUAAUUCGUACACAACUUACAUAGUCCUACGAAUUGUCGGUGGCCUCUUUUUCCCUGCGUUGUAUCAACAGCCUUUUAUAUUGGCUUUAGAAUUAAUGCCACCUUCUCGAAGACCGAAUGUAGGAAUCGUCGUGGGUAUGCUCUUCGCUGGAGGAAUCAGUUUAUUAGCUGUUAUCGCUUACGCUGUCAGAGAUUGGUUUCACCUGAGCUUAGCAACAAGUCUUCCUUUCAUUGUAUGUUUUGGUUACUACUGGUUGAUACCAGAAUCACCGAGAUGGCUUGUCGGUAAAGGUCGCAUUACCGAAGCUGAAGAAAUAUUCAGAAUGCUGGCGAAGAAAAAUGGAAUCUAUUUAUCUGAAGGAUUUCUAAUAAAUAUACACGAGAAUCUUGUGAACAAAAACAACGUAGAAGAAAGAUCCAAUAUGAUAGCUAUUGAUAAAAACAUAGUUGAAACGCCAGAAAUGAUUGAAAAUAAAGAUUUAACUUGUAGAAUAAACAAUAUGCUAAACUUUAAGCCAGAUGUUACAAUAUCCAAAGAUAUAAGAAAAAUAAACAAAACAAUACUAAAUGACGCAAAAGAGGUUGACCUAGAAGAAAGUACAGAUCUUUUAGAAGAAUUGCAAACUUUAGAGUUACAAUCAAAAACAAGUACUACAAUGCAAAAAAUAACAAAGAUAUUCAACACAAAUAGAACUGAAGAAAGUAAAAUUAUAGAUAUCUCAAACGAGAAUUACGAGGCAUCUCUUCUUGACAUAUUCAGAUAUCCAAAUAUAAGAAGGAAAUUUCUGCUUUUAACAUUCGAUUGGAUAUCAUUAGGAGUUAUUUACAACAGUUUAAGUUACAACACAUCGAAUUUAGGAGUCAAUGAUCAUUUGGCAUUCUUUAUUGGUGGAGUAGUGGAGAUUCCUUCUUAUAUUUUGGGUUGGCAAUGCAUGGAGCGUUUCGGUCGAAGAUGGGUGCUUUGUGUAUUUAUGUCUGUCGGAGGACUGGCUUGCUUAAGUUGUGCACUAGUUCCAGAAGAUAUGCCAUGGAUAAUCGUUGCCUUAGCAUUGUCAGGAAGACUCUUCGUAGCAGCAGCUUUUGCAGUAUUCUAUGUUAUGAUUGGAGAACUGCUACCUACUGUGUUGAGAGCCCAGGCUAUUGGCUUGGCGUCAUUCAUUACUGGUUUGGGUCUUUUAGCCUGCCCUUAUAUUGUACAUCUAGCAGUAUACGGUCGUACUCUUCCAUUAAUUUUAAUGGGCUUGCUCAGUAUUGUUGCUGGGGUGAUACCACUAUUCCUGCCAGAAACACUCAAUCAACCGCUACCUCAGACUUUAAAAGAUGGAGAAAUGUUUGGUAGAAAUAUUAAACUAUUAAGUUGUGCUACAAUUUCUGAAUAAAGAGUUUUUUUUUAC